GCACGGAAUCUCAGCGCUCCCGGAAGUGGCCCGGGCGGCUCUGCAGCCCGGUCCGGCCGUUCUUGCUCCGGCCGGGGCGCUGGGGCUGCUCCUGGCCGGGCGCAGCCAUGACCAACGAGCUGGACAUCUUCGUAGGGAACACGACCCUCAUUGAUGAGGACGUGUAUCGCCUCUGGCUGGAUGGUUACUCGGUGAGCGACGCUGUGGCCCUGAGGGUGCGCUCUGGAAUCCUGGAGCAGACGGGUGCCACGGCAGCGGUGCUUCAGAGUGACACCAUGGACCACUAUCGAACUUUCCACAUGCUCGAGCGCCUGUUACACGCACCACCCAAGCUGCUGCACCAGCUCAUCUUCCAGAUCCCACCCUCCCGACAGGCGCUGCUCAUCGAGAGGUACUAUGCCUUUGAUGAGGCCUUUGUUCGAGAGGUCCUGGGCAAGAAGCUGUCCAAGGGCACCAAGAAAGACCUGGAUGACAUCAGCACCAAAACAGGCAUUACCCUUAAGAGCUGCCGAAGACAGUUUGACAACUUUAAACGAGUCUUCAAGGUGGUGGAGGAAAUGCGGGGCUCCUUGGUGGAUAACAUCCAGCAACACUUCCUCCUUUCCGAUCGGUUGGCCAGGGACUAUGCAGCCAUCGUCUUUUUUGCCAACAACCGCUUUGAGACAGGGAAGAAAAAACUGCAGUACCUGAGUUUUGGCGACUUUGCCUUCUGUGCGGAGCUCAUGAUCCAGAACUGGACCCUCGGAGCCGUCGACUCCCAGGUGGAUGACAUGGACGUGGACUUAGACAAGGAGUUUCUUCAGGACUUGAAGGAGCUCAAGGUGCUGGUGGCUGACAAGGACCUUCUGGACCUGCAUAAGAGCCUGGUGUGCACUGCCCUCCGAGGAAAGCUCGGUGUCUUCUCCGAGAUGGAAGCCAACUUCAAGAACCUGUCCCGGGGGCUGGUGAACGUGGCCGCCAAGCUCAUCCACAAUAAGGACGUCAGAGAUCUGUUCGUGGACCUCGUGGAGAAGUUCGUGGAGCCCUGCCGAUCUGACCACUGGCCACUGAAUGACGUGCGGCUCUUUUUGAAUCAGUAUUCAGCAUCAGUCCACUCUCUGGACGGCUUCCGGCACCAGGCCCUCUGGGACCGCUACAUGGGCACCCUCCAGGGCUGCCUCCUGCGCCUCUAUCAUGACUAAGGCCCCCUCCCACCACCCUACCCGCACUGCCAAUAAAGUUGCCAUGACGUUG